CAUAAAUUCAUAUUAAAUAAAUAAUUAUGAACACAACAUAAGAAAACAAUAAAGAUAACUAGAUAGAACAAAUUGAAAAGAAAGUGAAGAUUUAAAAGCCAAAGAAGGCAGAUUUUAGAAUGCAUGCUCAUGUAAAUCCAUUAAAUGAAACCUUGUUUCCUUAUCCACUUAAUUACAAUUAAGUUGAUUGGUCAUUACAUUAUCCUAAAAAAUUUGGAAAAGAUCCAUUAAAGUUAUAUCUAAAUACAUUAGAAUAUCCAAUUUCUUAUGAUGAUUAAGUGAAUCCUGAAUGUUCAUAAUCUAUUGUGGAUUUUCUUGAUAUGUAAAUUUAAUUAAUAUUACCUAAGUGGUUGUGGAUUUGGAGGACUAUGCUUUGCCUUAAGUUAAAAUUACCCAGAUAAGUAUACAUUUGGAAUGGAAAUCAGAGGCAAAGUAGUAAACUUUGUAGGAGAAAAAAUUAGAGCCUUAAGAAAUGAAGGCGAAGCUCACAAUGUAUCAGUGAUUCGUACAAAUACAAUGAGACAUCUACCACAAUAUUUUAGAAAAAAUAGUUUAGAAAAAAUCUUUAUUUGUUUCCCUGAUCCACAUUUCAAAAAGAAAAAUUACAGGAGAAGAAUUGUUAAUUCAGGACUACUUUCUGAAUAUGCUUAUCUAUUGAAACCUAAUGGAAGAAUUUAUUGUAUAACUGAUGUAGAAGAAUUACAUAAUUGGCAUGUUUAACAUCUUGAAAAACAUAGGAUGGUAUUUAUGAAAGAAUUAUAUAAAGUUUAAACGAGUUUAAGAUGUUGAAGAAGAUUCUGCAGCAAAACUCAUUUGGAAUUCUACUGAAGAGGGAAAGAAAGUAGAAAGAAAUAAAGGAUCAAAGUUUAUUAUUGUUUGUGAAAAAGUGUGACUUACAAGAUUAAUAAAAAUACAUUAAUG